AUGGGAAUCAAUCUCUCCGAGGUGAUGGCGAUCCCCAAACCUCUAACAGGAUUUUCAGGAGAAACAACGAUGAUUAUGGGAACAAUUAGGCUCUCGGUGGUAGCUGGCAGAGUCACUAGGAUCGUCGAAUUCUGCGUCACCGAUCACCCAGCGAUCUAUAAUGUGAUUAUGGGAACUCCAUGGAUCAACGCGAUGAGGGCGGUCCCUUCCACCUAUCACCUCUGCCUCAAAUUCCCGACUCCAGCAGGCAUCAAAACGAUAUGGGGAAAUCAGAAGGAGUCGCGAAUGUGCUACUUAGCGGAGCACAAGCUGAGGAACCCCAUCGUGGAGAGCCGCGAAACGCGCGCCGAGCCGGUAUGUGAUGCGGUGGACUCGGUGUGCAUAGACGAUGAGCGCCCAGAACGAUGCGUUGAAAUCGGAGCAAAACUAGAAGAACCUCUGAGAAGCAAACUUCUUUCCCUCCACAAAGAGAACAUCAACACUUUUGCCUGGACAGCAGAAGAUAUGUCGGGCAUAAGCAUCGACGUUACCUGUCACGAGCUGAACGUGGAUCCAACCUUCAAACCAAUCAAGCAAAAAAGAAGGAAGCUCGGACCCGAACGAGCUAAAGCAGUUAACGACGAAGUGGAGAGAUUGCUCAAAGUAGGAUCAAUCGCCGAGGUCAAAUAUCCAGACUGGCUUGCGAAUCCAGUGGUUGUGAAGAAGAAGAACGGCAAGUGGCGAGUCUGUGUAGAUUUCACUGACCUUAACAAGGCGUGCCCAAAAGACAGUUUCCCUCUGCCACACAUCGACCGGCUCGUCGAAGCCACUGCGGGAAAUAGGCUGUUAAUAUUUAUGGACGCGUUCUCUGGCUACAAUCAAAUCCUGAUGCAUCCUGAUGAUCGGCUUGGAAACACCAUGGAGGUAUACAUCGACGAUAUGUUUCGCGCAUCUACGAGGAUCCUUCGAGCAGUUGAACAAACACAACAUGAAACUAAACCCGGCGAAGUGCAGAUUUGCGGUCACCUCGGGAUAGUUUCUCGGCUAUCUGGUAACUCACCGAGGCAUUGA